UUUGCGACUGCCUACACGCUCGGGACGGUUGGCCUCAUAGAUGGCUCAGUUUCAUACCUAUUCAGCACCAUACCUCUCGACAAGACAACCAGUAGAAGCGCCUUGAUACCCCUGCGCAGCCUUGUCCCAGGCUACAGACAGAUAUAUCCCCCUGCUGUCCCGCUAGACCCUGGCUUGGAAUGGACCUUUGGGGAUAGCAACAAUAUUGGAGACGCAGAGGUAUCAGAGAGGAAGAGAAAAGCCACCCUUCUUCAUGCGACGCUACAUUUACCUCCUCCAACCACGUUAACGGCUCUUUUUCUACAUCGUCCUUCACCAACAACCAAGCUAUCAGUUGCAUUAUGGUCUACUCAGGCUACCAAUACAUCGAAAUCGGCACCUCCACAGGCAUCCUUGCUAACUCAAUUAUUCCACGACACCGGAAAAUACAGCACUGAAUUCCUAUUCAGUACAGACAACGCCCUAUUCGGAUUCCGAGGAUUAUGGAACUUUGGUCCUGAUCCAAGAGAGCAGCCGAGUGAUCGUCGCGAUACAAAAAACAAUGGCCAGCGGAAAAAGCCGUCUUGUUUGCAAUCAGUGGCACUCCUCUCUGCAGGCGGAGAGGCUUAUUAUUCACCAACUUCUAGUGUCAUUGGCCUUUCGACCGGUGUGCGCUUUACUACAUUGCCGGGUGCUUAUGACCUUCGGUCAGGACCGGGCACCUUACCUGCUGUAGGCAGUACUACUGGCAGCCAAAUCCCUUCCCCAAUCUCAACAUUUCCCUAUACGCUAACUCUAACGUUGACUCCAUUAACGGGCUCUUUGUCAACGACUUACUCGCUUCUCGCUUCCCCAAAUCUGGCCUUGAGUUCUCGUUUUGGAUUCAACGUGUAUAGCUGGGAAAGUGAAAUGGUUGCUGGAUGUGAAUUAUGGCGCAAUAAGAAGAAGAUAAAUUUGCAUCACUACAACCCCGACGGAAGCAUUGAUGAUCUGGCUUGGGCGAAGCGAAAGUUGGGUCUCCUGCCACCGUUAGAACCCACAGAUCAGUCGUCGUCGUCGUCAUCGCCUUCAGUUCCUUCUCUGUCUUCAGAAUCAGUCAUAAAACUUCGUGUUGAUCAGUCUCUAAAAGUACGGCUACUUUGGGAAGGCCGUAUAAAGGACUUGCUGGUCAGUGCCGGAGUUGCACUUGGGCCAACCACUCCACAUACCCCAUCGAUAUCGUGCUCGGGUGGGUCUUCGUCUAAAGGCUACGGAUGGACCGGUGUGGGUGUGUCCGUGUUAUACUCAUCAUGA